AUGAUAAAUUCAGACUUUCGCGAUCCUGACGAUUCCGACAAUCGUUCAUUUGAAGUGCAUCCUACGAUAUACCCUAGUGUAGAACUAGAAUACCCAAACAGUGGUGCAAGCGAGAAGUUCGCUCUGCUGGUCCCGAAGGACAAGGAUCACUAUAACCCAAUUAUGUGUCUAGAAAACACAUUGCAUACCAUCUACAAACAUUAUUUGACUCCUAUCCAACAAUCAUGGUUCGGAACGCUACCAUCGAGUAAUCUGGCGGAUGACGAUAUCCCUGGACCUGCUUCAUUGACGGAGGCCGCUCUAGAGGCAUCAACCGCAUUAUUCCCGCCUCCAUCUGCACUCUCUGUCGCCUCUUCACCUGCAUCAUCUUCCUCGGAUUCUUCUACGGAUUCCUCAAGUUCCGCGUCGUCGAACUCAUCUGCAACUUCCAUAACUUCUGUAUCAUCAGUGUCUUCCAUCGCUUCGCUUUCGUCAAUCACCAAUCUAUCGCAUCACGCUAUUCAGAUCUCACCUACUGCUGCACCGACCGUUAAUUAUCUCCGCUUACUCCAGCGCGCCAUCAACAAGCGUGAUGGGCCGCUUUUUAUAAAGGUCAUGGAGGCUAUCAAUGCUCUCCUCCGGCUGCUCAAGUAUCCUCCGCUUCCCCCAGAUCCUUUUGAAUCGCCUCCGCCUAAUUGUUUCCCGGAUGUCGUGAAGUCAUGGACGAACAUUCCGAAAGAGGUGGUCACGCGCAUCGUUGACGAGACGUACCAACGUGCCGUCGGACCGCAUGUUGCAGAGCUGAAGCGCUACGAAGCGUUCUCCUCCGAGGUGUAUGGCGAGCUCAUGCCGGCGCUUGUCUCGCAGAUCAUCAACGAGACGGGCCUCGGUCCGGACUCGCUCUUCGUCGACCUUGGCUCCGGCGUGGGUAACGUUGUGCUGCAGGCAAGUCUGCAGACAGGAUGCAAAAGCUUUGGUAUCGAGAUUAUGCCGACGCCGGCCAAGAUUGCGCGCAGCCAGCUCGAGCAAAUCAGGAUACGCUGCCGCAUGUGGGGCGUCAAGAUGGGUGAGGUGGAGCUGGAGGAGGGCGAUAUGCUGACGAGCAGGAAGGUGGACGAGCUGGUCCCGCAGGCGGACGUAGUGCUCGUGAAUAACAAAGUGUUCUUGGAACCGCUCAAUGAAGCUUUGCGUCCUAAGUUCCUUGAUUUGAAGGAAGGCGCCAUCGUCGUCUCACUGAAGCCCUUCGUGUCCUCCUCGAGGCUUACUGAGCGCAAUCUAGAUGACAUAAGCGCAAUCUUCCAAGUCAAGGAGCGGCCAUAUUACGCCGGAAGCGUUUCCUGGGGGAAUGGCGGAGGUUCUUAUUACUUUCAUCGAGUAGAUCGCGAGGGGUAUGCGGACAUCAAGAAACGUUUUGAGAACUCUCGGACCACUCCAGCCCGAACUACUAGAUCGCGACGAUGA